GGGCGUGGACUUGGCGGCACGUGGCCAUGGCGGCGCGUUUGAACAGCAACGCGAAGAAGGGUGAAGCCAUUCUGGACCUCACCAAAUACAUCAACAAGGGCGUCCACGUGAGGUUUUUCGGGGGUCGUGCCGUGAGCGGGGUCCUCAAGGGGUUCGACCACCUGGUGAACCUGGUGUUGGACGGGGCUACCGAGUACCUUCGAGAUGCAGAAGAGCCGUACCGCAUGUCUGGAGAGACACGGCCGUUGGGCCUCCUGGUUUGCCGCGGCACCUCCAUCAGCCUGCUGGGCCCCCAGGACGGCUUCCAGGCCAUCGACAACCCCUUCCCGUCGCCCAGCAGCGACACCAGCAGCGGCACGGAGAGCAGCCCCGGAUCCACGGGGACCUGGGAUGAGAUGCUCCGUGGUCUUGAGAACACUCGGCUUCCGAGGGAAGCGGAGGGGAUCGCUCACGUUUGUGCGCGUCGUUGAGUCUGAAGACGCAGAGGAAAUGCGGUCAACGCAUGAGCAUUAUUAUUGUUAUUAAGUGUACUAUUGUUAUUGUUUAACGGUGUUUGUCCUGCGGAGGAGGUGAUGUAGCGCCGUGGAAAUAGCAGAGGGGCACUUUAUUAUUUAACGAUUAUUUUAUUUUUCGAAGAGGUCCUUAUUUGUCAGAGAUAAUUACAGUGUAGGGAAUUCAGCGUCUUUUUGUUGUCAUGAAAAUAGAAAACUUAGGAUAUCGAGUAAUGUAUAAAGGUCAUUGGACUUUGCUGAUGAACUUAACUGGUUGUUAAUCAUUUACCAGGCUACAUUUGUAAGAGCGUUGCAUCUGACCCAUCCUGUACUCAACCAGCUGGCUCAUUAUUCAGAGGAAAAAAAAAUUCAUAUGGCAGGAUGGAAAAGCAACAGUUUUGAAACGUGUUGUAGUUGAACACUAAGUUUUUUUUCAACCAAUUCAAGGAGGCAGCAGUAGGCCUGCACGGAUCGCAGCGCGUUCGCAAGUGCGGCGAUUCUACGAUCGUCCCAUGUGGAGCGUGGUGUCGCGAGGUCUGUGGUUGUCGUGGGAGAGAGAAGCCCCGUGCUUCCGCAGUCGGGUACUCAAUGAGGUUUUCGUUUGCAAAACGUAGAGGUAAUCGUAGAUAUAAUAACACAAUAGUAUCUACUACAGCAAAAGCAACAAUAAUGAUGUGCGUUAUCUAUCUGACCGGGUGGUUAGAGCGGACAACUUGCUAGUUAAAAUCCAGGGUUGCAGUUUAACAUCCCAGUUGGAGUUGAAAUCGGACCCAUCGUCUCUCCGUGGUAGAUGAAAUCGGUGCCACUUUGCGUGACAUCGGCAUUGCCGAUCGGCAUUGCCGUCGUGGAGAAACGAUCCUUUGCCAUCUAAAUGGGGAAUUUCCACCACCUGGCUCAGGGAUGCUUGCGGGAGUGCUCACCGCCUCAUUACUCAAUCUUGCUGGGGGGAGGGGACACUUGGACUCAUGGAUCCAUUUCGCUCCUCACCGUGUGGGUGGUCCGAGUCACCGUCCGCUCGUUUAGACCCCGCAGUGCUGCAGUGCUGGGUGGAGGCACGAGGCGGUGUCAAUGCAAAUGGCCCCAGCGCCACAACUCAUGAUUUGAUGCGUCUUCGGGAAUAUAUCGGCAUCUGAAACCCGCUGUUUCCCUGAUCUUGAUAUUUGUUGCAAUGAAAACAAAUAUGACAUCGUCGUGUGCUGGAGGUGUUGCUGCUGGGUGUUAAAUAUCGCCGACGGCCU